UUUGUUCCUUUGGAGGCGGAGCGGCGGUGGGGCCUCUCUCCGCCUCCGGACCUUCCUCGGCCGGCCCGCCCCGUCCCGGGGCGUGGAGAAGGAGAAGGAGAAAGAGGAGGAGGAGGAGGAGGAGGAGGAGGAGAGGAAAGGACCGAGCCGAGGCCAGGGAAGGAGGGAGAGUGGCCGGAGAAGGGGCCGGGAUGGCGGCCGACGGGGGCCUGGAGCAGCGGGCGCUGCAGUACGAGCAGACCUUGAUGUAUGGUCGCUACACUCAGGACUUAGGAGCCUUCGCCAAGGAUGAAGCGGCACGCAUCCGGCUGCAGCAGGAACGCUGGAAACCAUCUAAGAAAGAGCGACUGAGGCCCUCGGAGCUUUUGGAGUACGACCAGAGCCGCUGCACACGCUGCCGAAUCUGCACAGUACGAUGCCAAAAGUUCCUCAUCUCCAAAGUGGGUGAAGACUGGAUUUUCCUCAUCCUGUUGGGGCUGGUGAUGGCCUUAGUGAGCUGGGCCAUGGAUUUUGCCAUAGCCACCUGCUUGCAAGCCCAGAAGUGGAUGUAUGGAGGACUAGAUGCCAACAUCUUCCUGCAGUACAUGGCCUGGGUUACCUAUCCUGUGGUGCUCAUCACUUUUUCAGCCGGCUUCACCCAGAUCCUGGCUCCACAAGCAGUAGGCUCUGGCAUCCCUGAGAUGAAGACCAUCCUGCGAGGUGUGGUGCUGAAGGAGUACCUUACCCUCAAGACCUUCGUUGCCAAAGUGAUCGGCCUGACAUGUGCCCUGGGCAGUGGGAUGCCUUUGGGCAAAGAGGGACCUUUUGUCCACAUAGCCAGUAUGUGCGCUGCUUUACUCAGCAAAUUCCUCUCUCUCUUUGGCGGUAUCUAUGAGAACGAAUCCCGCAACAUUGAGAUGCUGGCGGCUGCCUGUGCCGUAGGCGUUGGCUGCUGUUUCGCUGCUCCCAUCGGAGGUGUCCUCUUCAGCAUCGAGGUCACAUCAACCUUCUUUGCUGUCCGCAACUACUGGCGUGGCUUCUUUGCGGCCACCUUCAGUGCCUUCAUCUUCCGAGUGUUAGCAGUGUGGAACAAAGAUGAAGAAACCAUCACCGCUCUCUUUAAAACCCGCUUCCGAUUGGACUUUCCCUUUGACCUGCAGGAGCUGCCGGCUUUUGCUGUCAUUGGAAUCGCAAGUGGCUUUGGCGGGGCAUUGUUUGUCUACUUCAACCGCAAGAUCGUGCAGUUCAUGCGCAAGCAAAAGGCCAUUAACCGCUUCCUCAUGAAAAAACGCCUACUCUUCCCUGCACUUGUCACACUUCUCAUAGCAACACUGACCUUCCCACCUGGCUUUGGGCAAUUCAUGGCUGGUCAGCUCACGCAAAAGGAAACACUGGUGACCUUGUUUGAUAACCGAACAUGGGCCAAGCAAGGAUUGGCAGAAGAAUUUGAAUACAUUAGUGUCUCUGAGGCCUGGAAGCACCCACACACCAACGUCUUUGUCACCCUGGUGGUCUUCAUUCUCAUGAAGUUCUGGAUGUCUGCCUUGGCCACCACCAUCCCAGUUCCCUGUGGGGCCUUCAUGCCAGUCUUUGUCAUUGGUGCAGCUUUUGGCCGCCUGGUAGGUGAAAGCAUGGCUGCUUGGUUCCCGGAUGGCAUCCACACCGACAGCAACAUCUACCGCAUUGUGCCUGGAGGCUACGCAGUGGUGGGUGCAGCCGCGCUCUCUGGCGCGGUCACCCACACAGUCUCCACUGCCGUUAUCGUCUUUGAGCUGACAGGCCAGAUCUCCCACAUCCUGCCAGUGAUGAUCGCGGUGAUUCUGGCCAACGCCGUGGCCCAAAGCUUGCAGCCCUCGCUCUACGACAGCAUCAUCCGGAUCAAGAAGUUGCCCUACUUGCCAGAGCUGGGCUGGGGACAUCAUGAGAAGUACAAUGUCCGUGUGGAGGACAUCAUGGUGCGUGACGUGCGCUACAUCACCCUAAACUGUCGGUACCGCGACCUUCAGGACGUGCUGCAUAGUACAAAAAUGAAGAGCCUGGCUUUGGUGGAAUCAGUGGAAUCCAUGAUCCUGCUGGGCUCUAUCGAGCGCACGCAGAUUGUUGCCCUCUUGAACGAUCAGCUGAGUUAUGCGCGCCGCUUACAAUACAUGCGGGAGAAGAUCCAGGUUGAGCGCAAAGCCACCGAGAAGAUUCCAGAAGGCGAGGAGCUGCACCAAACACCUGACACGGGAGUGCGCUUUCAGAUCAUCACUGAGGAAUCUUCAUUCGUCCCGCCCCGAAGUGAAUCCCGCAAACCCCUCAAGCCAGCUCUGAAACGAGCCCCCAGCACUUUAUCUGAGACUGGAGCUGUGGAUGCUCCAGGCAUUGCUUUGCGGAGCCUUUUUUGUGCCAACUCCCCGACGACUGAGUCUGCUGAGGAUGAGAAUUCGGGCCUGUCUGAAAAGCGCAAGUCGAAGCGCGUCCGCAUUUCCGUGGCGGAUGAAUAUGAAGUGGUUGGCGAGAUGACCCCCACUGAGAUCCUGGAGUGGGAGGAACAGCAGCUUGAUCAGUUUGUCAACUUCAACAGCUGCAAAAUUGACCCUGCGCCAUUCCAGCUGGUGGAACGCACUUCUUUGCACAAGACGCACACCAUCUUCUCCCUCCUGGGAGUGGACCAUGCCUAUGUCACCAGCAUCGGGCGCCUUAUUGGCAUGGUGUCCCUGAAGGAACUGCGAAAAGCCAUUGAGGGCUCAGUCACAGCCAAGGGCGUGAAGGUCCGUCCUCCGCUGGCCAGCUUCCGUGACAGCACCACCAGCAGCAGUGAGACGGAGGCCACCGAAAUCCACCAGCUGUGGGACCGGCGGCACCGGCACUCCAUCCCCCGCGAGUCCAGCCCUUCCGAAAGCGACGACAAGUGCCAAUGACGGUGGCGGAAGAGGACGUGCAGAGUAUCGGUGGAUAUGAUAGGUCUACGUUGAUGACCAACCCCUCCCAUGAGCUGCUUUGUUCCAGCCCAAACCCACGUGGAAGGUGGGGGUGGCAGUGCCUUGCUCAGCAUUCCAACCCAGAGUCCUGGGACCUCAAACACAUGCUUUCCAGAAGCCUCUGGAUGAGAAAAGAGACUUAAGGCCAAGUCUCGGGAAGUAAGCAAUGGGAUUGAACCCCAGUCCAAAGCCUGGAGGUUGUCCCCUUUCCUGUCCAUGGUUGGAAAGUGUGGAAGGAGCAGAACACAUUCCUGCUGUGGAAAGCUUCAAGAUUCCCUGUGAAGAGCCCUAUCCAUGUCACUGGGGUUCAAGUCUCCAAAGGAGUCUCCACUUCUCUGUCCUGCCCACUGGAUGCUGAAGACGUCACACCUGUCCCCAUAUUGUGGGGCUGUGCUUUCUUCCAUCGCACAUCCUGGCGGCCUUUUUGAUCUUGCCCUUUGAUCUCGGGGCUUGCUCAUUCCACACUAUUUUUCCUUACUACUUUGUAAGCCUAUUUUUCCAGCAAGCUCUGCUAUGGGGCAAAACCUUCAAAAAGAGGGGAAGCUAACCAUGUGAAGAGCGUGAGGUGGCUUUCUUGGUGAAAAUCUUUUCCUAACGAAAAGGGCGUGCGGUGCUUCUUACUUGGAGCAGACCACCUUUGGGCUUAGUCUGGUCCUAUCCUUUAGUACGGCUUUUGCCAAUCUGCUGUGCCGUGGGUGUUCUGGACUAUAGGUCACAUCAUCCCUUGCCGUUGGGGCACUUGGGUUCAAUAUUCCUGAAUGGUACACAAAGCAAAGCUUGGGGACGUCUCUCUUAUUUUUGGACUCCAGCUCCCAGAAUCCCACUAUCCUGCACAGGGAUUCAGAGCAUUAUAAUCCAGAAAUGUAACGUGCCCCAAAUUCCGCUCUGCUAUAUGGCUGCCUUAGUCCUUCCCCAACCCCAUUGCCUUACCAUGAUGUAUUUGGCAUGCAGUCAAUGGUUCAUGGCUCUCUGAUUUGGGAAGGGGCUUUCCUGCUAAAUAAUGGGCAUGUCACCAUCCUGCCCAUUCUUAUGAAUGAAUAGUGUGUGGGUAUAAAUUAAGUUGAACACUGGAUCUCUUUAACUACUGAGCCUUGGGCAGCCUUUUCUUCACCCAGCCAUCCUCAACGACAAAUAAAGACUCUGAACGACUGUCCCUUCCCUACUCCUCUGCGUGGGGCCCACCCUAUGCUUGAAUCCAGGGGUGGGGAGAGGAAAGUGGGGAUGGCACCUGAAUUGUAAAUACAGAGCAUUUUUAUAUUAAUUUAAUAAAAGAAAGAGAUUGCAAAUAGAAUGGUCAAAGAAACAA